AUGACCACAAGCACAAUCGAAAUAGCGGCGCCGCCUGCAAAACUCCUCAACUUCUCAGCAUACCCGGAGUGGCACACGGAAUGGCUCAAGGGGAUCGAGCUCAAGGACAGCACUAAGACCCCGCAAGAGCUUUGCUCGGGAGACAUAAUCGAGGUGAACAUUGAGAACUUCAAUUUUGUCGCGGAAGUCAAGGAGAAUUCCGAGAGCUUGUUUUCUUGGCAAGGUCCGCCCGUGUUUACCGUUGCUGGUUUGCAUAAAUUCUACCUCGAGCCGGCCAAUGAUGGUGCUUCGACUGUUUUCACCCAGUCGGAGGAUCUCAAGAGUCUCCUUGCGUUCAUCAUGAGUCCUUGUCUUCUUGGAAAGAAGAUGCGUGCCCAUUUUGAUAUUUUCCACAGGGAUCUCAAGGCCCGCACUGAGAUAGCCGAAAUUGGGGGUUGGUCUUGUCACACGCGCACAGUUGGUUGA